AGAAAAGUAAAAGAUAUGCCAAGUGCCGAUCAAUUUCCAUUGCUUGACGUGCCUAAAAACUUGACUAACAUCACGCAAUAUGGUCUUGAUGAUCCAUCUUUCUCAACCCACAUUGUCCAUUGCCAUUUGAAAUUUCAAAAGGAGUGGAAGUUUCCAACUAUCUAUACAGUUUGCCACGACUUGGUCCAAUGUAAUCUCUACUGGCUAGCCAUGUUGCUUACUCUACUGGUGCACCAGACUCUAUAUAAAGCGUGGAGCAACACCAAACAUUUUACACAAGCAACUCUUAAAGACUACACAAUGGCUCCUUCUUCUUUUCUCAUCUCUGUUCUCCUCAGUUUAGCAGCCCUCCAUGGUGCCUUCGCGGUGGAAUAUGUUGUCGAUAACCGGGCAGCAAACCUCCCCGGGGGAAUCAAAUUCAAUAACGAGAUUGGCGCUGAUUACGCCAGGCAAAGGAUGAUAACAGCCUCGGAAUUUAUCUGGCGCCUCUUCCAACAGAACACGGAAGCUGACCGCAAGACCGUGGCUCGUGUGACGCUAGUAAUCGACCCAGAUAUGAAGCCUGGCGAGGUAGCGUAUGCAUCCAACAACGAGAUCCACAUGGGAGACGACUACAUCAACGGCAUUCAGGGCGACGCGAGGGGAGAUGACUUCAAUGGAGUGCUUUACCAUGAGAUGGUGCACAUAUGGCAGUGGAAUGGCAAUGGGGCGAGUGGGAUUGGAGGGUUGAUUGAAGGGAUUGCAGAUUUCGUGAGGUUGAAGGCGGGUUAUGUGCCGUCUCACUGGGUUAAGCCAGGGGAGGGCAAUAGCUGGAAUCAGGGGUACGAUGUUACUGCUAGGUUUUUGGAUUAUUGCAAUGACCUUAGGAAUGGAUUUGUGGCAGAGCUUAACAAGAAGAUGAGGACUAGUUAUAGUGAUCAGUUCUUCGCUGAUUUGCUUGGGAAGAACGUUGAUCAGCUCUGGAGGGAAUACAAGGCCAAGUAUGGGAUGUAGGAAACUAACUAUAGUUAAAUGUUUGAUGUAAUAAUGAGCUUCAAGCUGUUUUCACAACUAUUAGUAUUGAAAUAAAUGAAGCUUUAUAUACUAUUGUGA